AUGGGUGAAGUUGGGGGACUGCAGCCAACAAGGGGGGGCAAUGGGUUUCUUCAUCCCCACCAGGGCCAGGUCCAGGCCUUCCUCAACAUUCUGGAGGACAGCUUUUUCCAGGAGUUCCUCUCCAAAGACACCUGCUUCCAGAUUUCAGAUACGUUCCUCCUGGCUGUGGGGCUGGUCUCCUUCCGGUGUGYUAACCUGACGCUCUGUGAGCACAACCACAGCAGCCAUAGACUUGACCCUUGACCUCAUGCCCUUGUGUUCCUUGCAAAUGAGAUGGAGGAGGACUUGGAGAAACCUAAAUGUGAGAUUUUUUUUCCAUGGGCCCUGGGGGAAGAUUGGCAUUCCCGGGUGGGGAAGUUCUAGCACCCAAGGGACAUACUGUGGGCACGAAUGGACUUCUUACACCCCAGGAACCUGGCCAUUCACCCCCACACUGUGGCCUGUGUGGUUUGCCCCAGCAUCACAGAUGUGACCUCCCACACCUCAUCCAGMUGCCCUUCCCUGAUCUCUGAGUGCCAUCCACCCUGCUGCCAAAAUUGCUUCUCAGUGGCCAAAAACCUCUGGGGUGAGGACUUYCUUGUUGUCUUGCCCCCCAGAUGCAGCUAGAGCUGGGCAACUACACCUUCCACAAUGAGCUGGAGACAGGAGCUGAGGAGGGUCGGCUUGGGGACCUGGGAGGUGGGAGUGGGACCAACAGGAUGUGGGAGGGGGGCACAUGGGCUGUUUCACCAGUUUCCCCUCCAGGCUCACUCUGUGGCCCCCUCCCAGUCUUCCCCAAGCCUCCACCACACCUGGGGACUGAGUUCUGCUGCUCAAGAGCUGCCUGCCUGUCCACUCCCCUAUGUAA